CAACGAGAUUAUGAAGAUUUGACAUAUCUGCUAGGAAGCAAAAAACAGUGGCUACAUAUUCCAAGCCAGGAUUAGUCGCCUUUCCAUUUCAGCUCCUUUGCCCUGGCCUCAAACAUGAGGCUAGAGCGCGGGCGGCGAGCUUCCCUGGCAAUUACCCUCAACUUUGUGGCUUUGGCUUUUGCCGUGUCAGCUGUCACCACCAGCUACUGGUGUGAGGGGACCAGGAAGGUGCCCAAACCCUUCUGCUCAGGACCGCCUAUGAAAAUGAAACAGUGGUACUGCAUCCGCUUCAACAGUUCAAACCUCAACGACAGCCGGCAGGUGCAAUAUAUCUUUGAGACAGGAGAGGAAAAGUUUAUUAUGAGGAAGUUCCAUACUGGAAUAUUUUUCUCCUGUGAGCAGGCUGCUGAUAUGAACGGGCAAAAUUGUCGUGAUAUUUUUUCUGUGUUCCCAGGUGUGCUGUGGCUGUGUGUCGUUGCAGAGAGUCUGUACCUCGGUCUGCUCUUCAUAGGCGGAGUUCUCCUGAUUAUGGAGCAGGGUUCCUGCUUCAGCGUCAUGAACAAGUUAAAACUCAGUGCCUUCGCCGCCAUGUGCACUGCUCUUUCAGGCCUUUGUGGGAUGUUAGCCCACAUGAUGUUCACCACCAUAUUCCAUCUCGCUGUCGCUAUCGGACCUGAAGACUGGAGGCCCAAGACUUGGGACUACAGCUGGUCUUAUGCCUUAGCCUGGUGCUCUUUUGGCACCUGCAUGGGCUCUGCAGUGACAACCCUGAACAGGUACACAAAGACCAUCAUAGAGUUUAAAUACAAGAGGCACAGCAUUGAGAAGAACCUGAUGAUCAAGCAGAAGAUGGUGGAGCUGGGUCUGCCUGAGCAGAUGUGGGACAUGUACUUGACUGCUGUUCCGGGUGAGGCGGAGGUACCACCAGAACCCUUGGUAAACGGCCACAAGCCUUCGACGGGAACGCCGUAUGUGUUUGAAGAAAUGGAUCAACCACCAGAACAACAAGUGGAGGCAUACUGUUAA